AUGCCAUGCCCCGAGUCCCCAAGCUUCACCAUGGGCUCCAAGCCAGACGCCAGCGCGCGAACCACCACCGCAUGGGGCUCCUACUGUAUGUCAUCCCUCUACAAAAAACUCAAGUCUCUCUUCUGGACAAAGAGCCGAGGCCAAUCUGCUGCAGACAGGGGGUCUCACGAACAGCUCAUCGGCAUCAGCCGCGCCACCUACCUCCAGUGUCACAAGAGACAGCAGAUCAGGGAGUACCACCAGCGCUGCGCCGUCGAGGCCAGCUGGCCGUUCAUCAAGAGCAGUAAUGAGCGGGAAGAACAAGAUAAGGCUGUCAAGUUCGCCGAGAUUGUCGAGUACAUUACCCAGACGCCUGUUGGGGAUGGGGAAACCCACAACCCUUUCGAAUCGUGCCUCGAAACGCCGGCAACCGGCGAGGAUAAGCUUGGAAAGGAGCUGGCGCAGAAGGAGCUAAAGGCCCUUGAGAUCACGGAUGAAGACGACCUGAAUGAGAUUGUCAACAAGAUCUGGAGCGUUCUGCACCCAGAUGAGCCGUGA